AUGCAGGAUAUUAUUGACCAUUUACCUAAACUUCCUGAAAUCCAACAACAAAAACUCACUAUUCCAGAAUUCGAUGAAAUAGAAGUCGGACUGACUGACUCAGUAGAAAUAAAGAAGUUCAUACGAAAGGUAAAUUAUGAAUUCCUUGGUUUUCAUUGCAACCAUAAGGUUAUGGACAAAGAUUGCGACAUGGUAUAUAAGAACAUCUCUGACCUUUACAAAUCCGAAGAAUUUAAGACCUACGACAACUUUGUUUCAUUAGUUGCAAAAUGUGUUUGGGAAAUAAGAGAUAAAGAUAGUAGGGGUAAGGUAUGGAACGAACAAAUAAAACCCGCUAUGUUCGAGAUGAAGAAAACCAUUGACGCCUUAGUUGUUUUAGCAGGUAAGGUUUCAGAAUAUAAUGCAAAAAUGAACCCACAAUGUUCUAAAUGUAAAGCAGCAAUGAGGAAAUAUAACUACUCCGUCAAAGAGAUAGAACGUAUGCGAAACGACUAUGCAGAUUUAAAGAAAGAAGCAGAGAAACCAGCAGAAGAUAAAAUGGACAUGUUGACAUUUCUAAACAAAAACUAUCCAACAGCUGACGAUUUCCUAUUAUCUGACGUCAAGAAGAAGUAUAAAGAAACCUUCGGCAUAGUUAAAACAUUCGAUGUACUAAAAGAAGAAAUUGAAGCCACGAAAUUGUUUAGAGUCAUGAACCAUCGCAACAUAUACCAUGUAAAACGCUUGUAA